AUGGAAAUUCAAUAUGAUUUUUCGCUAAUCUGGCAAUCACCGAUACAAAAAUUAGAUCAAAAACAGUUGGCAAAAUAUGAGCCAAAACGAUAUUGGGCUGUGGAGAAAGUGAUUGACAAAAUGGGAGCACUUUCGGCACAGGCUCAACGAUUGAAACGAGUUGUUACCUCGUAUGAGAAGAUUUUGGACAGUGAAGAGGAUCAAGCUGUGUAUAUUUUGUGGGAACCGGGAAGUACUAGCGGUUCCUCCUUGAUCAUUGGAUUGUUGAAAAUCGGACGAAAACAUUUAUAUCUUUUGGAUCAAAAUCAACAACAAUAUGAAGAAAACCCGUUAUGCCUUCUGGACUUUUAUGUUGACUCAUCGAGGCAGAGAAAAGGUUAUGGAAAUGCGCUGCUUGAUUUCAUGCUUGUGACAGAAGUUCUGCAACCCUAUGAAUUGGCUUACGACAAACCAUCAGCUGCUUUGUUAGGACUUCUCGCCAAGAGAUAUCAAUUGGACUCGAAAGUUCCACAGACUACUGGAUUUGUUGUUUUUGAGGCCUUUUUUGACAACAAGUUGCCCGUUGAGCAAGAUGUGUACAACAGGAGUCGAAGUGUUAACCCAUCACGAGCUGACAGCGGGACUUCUACACCGAGAAGACCCUGUUCAGCAAAUGUAAAUCGUCGAGUGUCGGCAGCGGCUUUGAUUCACGGCGAUGUUGCGCCAGAGAUUCGUCCUGAUCCCGGACCGGAGACUCCAAUGGGAAGAAAGAACACAAGAGAUUUUGGGCACACCCGAAUAUGG